AUGGUGAACAAUGGCCAUGGGACAAUUUUUUGGCAGUCUAAAUGGUUGGGGAAUCAAGCUCUUAUGGACGCAUUCCCAGAAGCGUAUGAUGCUGAUUUCAACAGAGUUGGUAAUGUGGCGGAUUUCAGGACAUGGAACGACAAUCAGUUCUCGCAUUGUAACGGGGCUGAAGAUGUUCAUACAUGGAUGCUCUCGGGUGAUGGUCGCUUUACUGUCCGGUCCUUUUAUGAAUUGUUUUUUCCUGAGUUUGCAGUAGGUGAUUCGAUCAAUGAAGAUGUUGCAAGGGCCCUGGUUUCGCUUUGGAAACUUGAAGCUCCCCCAAAGUUGCAGUUCUUUGGCUGGAGGGUCUUACUCAACUGUAUUGCCACAAAGGACCAGCUCUUCAUGCGUAACAUUGUGCCAGUGAGUAAUGAUCUUUGUUGUGUGUUUUGUACGACACAGUUGGAAGAUACUGAUCAUCUUUUUGGAUCAUGUUUGUUUACGGAUUAUAUUUGGAGAAGAGUGAUGAAUUGGUUAUACUUUUUUGAGGAAAUGUAUUUCGAAGAGUUCAAGAAUUACUUCUUCAAUGUUGAAAAAGUCAAGAAUGCAUUAAGGAGAAAAGUAGUAGCGGUCAUUUGGCUUGUUGCUAUUUGGAGCGUGUGGCUUUUAAAAAACGACUCCAUCUUUUGA